AUGGAAGUUGGUGAUCUCACAGAAGAGCAAAGCAAUGCUUUAUCUCGUUUUCGAGAAUUCACUCAUAUUGACUCUGUUGAAACAUGUCGUCAAUACUUAGCUGCGCAUGAAUGGGAUGUUGAACGUGCCAUUGAAACUGCAUUAAUAUCGAAUUCUGAUCUACCAUUAACUACACAUGAUGAUAAUGAGAGAAUAACGACCGAUCCAAUACCGUCAGCACCACCUAUGCCGAGUCCUUUCUUACAUCAGUCAACUCCUCGAAGGCCUGUAUCUGAUACAGUACCUACCAAUCAAAACACAGAAAAUCCAAUUUUACGAUUAUUACGUUUACCAUUAGCAUUUUUGUAUGCAUUUUAUUUACAAAUUGAACCGUAUAUACCUUGGAGUAUUCUUCGUAUUCUCGGAUCCUUCGUUCAAUCAUUAUUAUGGAGUCCUGCACCUACAGAUCCUCUCGUAGAAAUUGAUGAUUACUGUACGUAUUUUGAUAAUCAAUAUGGUACAGAACAUCCGGCUUUUUAUCGAGGCAAACUUUCUCAGGCACUGCGUGAUGCACAACGUGAAGUUCGUCUAUUGUUUAUUUAUCUUCAUGAGAAAAAUUCGCCAUUAUGUGAUCGAUUUUGCCGGGAAGUUCUUUGCGAGGACGCUUUGCGUACCAUUAUCGGUGAUAAUAUACUAUGGAGUGCUAGUCGAGAUACUCAAGAAGGAGCACAAGCUAGUCGUUUACUACAUACAAAUUCAUUUCCAUGCGUUUGUAUUGUUGCCCAUCAUGGCUCACAACAAACUGUACAACUUAAACUUGAUCGAUAUACUGAUGCGAGUGAGUUUCUAGCAGAAUUAAUCAAUGGUGUUCAGAACGCCGAUCAAACUUUACAAUACAAUCGUGAUCGACGAGAUACACGAACAUCAAGAGAUCGUCUUUUAGAAGAGCAAAACGCUGCUUACAUGGAUUCUAUGCGUGCAGAUCAAGAAAAGGCUGAACAACGCUUGCAAGAAGAAAAUGAACGACGUAAAUUGGAGGAAGCUCAACGACGAAUGCAAGAAGAACAGGAGAAAAAACUUCGAAAAUUUAUGGAAUUUCGUGAUCGUAUCAAACAGUCAUUUCCUGAAGAACCGUCAGCAACAGAAACUGAUACAGUUCAAGUAUCAAUCCGUUUACCGGAUACCGAACCAAUACGUCGUCGUUUUCGUCGUUCCGAUCCUGCUAGACUUUUAUUCGAAUUCGCCUGGACCGAUUCGAACGUUCCCGAUCAGUUUGAAUUACUAUGGGGCUAUCCAAGAAAGCGGUAUCAAUAUGAACAAAUGAGUGAUCAAUGCAUCAGCGAUGUGAUGACAGGUUCUACGGAAACAUGUUAUCUCGAAAAGAUUGACGAAGAAAAUAAUUAA